AUGUCUUUCGAUAUCACCUUCUUGGGCGCCUCCGGCGGGCCCAUUGAAGCCAGCACGUGUUCUUUGUUGAUCAAGCCCCACCACUUUGACUAUGAGCAAAUCAAAAGUGCCCAGGAAUCACCCCUUCUCCAAGUUGACGCUGGCUCGGGCCAUUUACUGCUCGCGGAGCUCAUUGCAGACGCUUCAAGUGCUCUGCGAUUGUUAAGGUUGUAUGAGGAUGCCAAUGACCUUCAAGAGUAUCUAUCGCUAGAGCCCACUAACCCAUUCGCAAACGUACAGGGAAGCCCGUUUCUGGCGCUGAAGCGGAUUCUCAAUUGCAUCCCCACAAUUCUCAUCACUCACCCACACUUAGACCAUAUCGCUGCGUUGGUGCUCAAUUCGGCAGAACGUAACUUUAGAGAUGCUCAGGCUACUGUGUACGGAUCGCUAUUCACCACAAAAACGCUCCAAAGCCAUGUCUUCAAUGGGAAGAUCUGGCCCAAUAUGGUGGAGUUGGGUGCUCUAAUGUUGGCGCCCGUGCAAGCAAACAUGCCCUUCACAACAAAUAAUGGGAUCUACUCAAUAACCAUGUUUGACCUUCAGCAUGGCACUACUUAUACCGACGGCCACCCAGUUCCUUACAUGUCGCUGGCUUACCUUAUACAACACAAUGCCUCUAGGUCCAAAUUACUUGUAUUUGGCGACUUCGAAGCGGACGUGGUGCUGGGAAAAGGGCUUAAUAGACAUAUCUGGGAACAGAUAGCACCCUAUGUGGCCGAUGGCUCUCUCAAAGCUAGCGUCGUGGAAUGCUCCAUGUGCUCACAAGAGUCUUGUGACGAGCUCUACGGCCACCUCAUGCCCGAACACCUUAUAGGCGAACUAGAAGUGCUUCGAUCGUACUGUAGGAUGAAGCCCACCUUGAAGGAAUUUCACGUUAUUGUCACUCACGUUAAAGAGACACCCGGCGGGCCGGACCCGAGACAAAAGAUCUUGAAAGAACUUGGCGAGUUGGCAUCGCGAAGCAACCUACAAGUCAGCUUUUCCAUGGCUCUUAGCGGAAUCUCCUUCACCAUAUGA